AUGGGGUCAAUGUAUGGUGUGGAGCUUGCACCAAAAGAGGAUGUUGCAACAUCAGAGAAGAAGAGGUCACCAAGCGCCUUCUCCCGAUCUUCCGACUUUGGAGCAUGGGGCGGAGCAGGAAAGAUGCCAGCAUCGUCGACAGCACUUUCGAAUCGAGGAGUAGCGCCAGCUCGAAGAUCCUCCUUCAGGGGAUCAGGGUCCUCCACACAAGGUCGAGGAAAUAGGCGCAAUCCACUUGUCCAGCUUCUUCUUGCUCUUGCCAGACUCACGCUGAGCCUUCGUCAUUUUGAUCUCAAGAUCAACCAUCCAUGGCCUAGGCCCAGUGGCCGGACUCGCAGCAGCAGCCUCAGCAAGGCACGACUUCCAUCCUCUUCGUCCUUAUUCGGAGAUCUACAGGUGGCGAGAUGGGUCUGCAUGCAGUUGGGGCACACAACUGGUGCUUGGAAGCCUGGCUUCAUUUUCUCAUUGCAUGGCACUCCCUCUUCGCCCAAUCACAACACAGAGCCAGCUGGAUGA